AUGAGCCUAGCCGAGGGUUCAGAAGAACUUGAAACUGUUAGCUUUUAUAUACACCAAGCUCUUGAACUUGCGUUCAAUGGCAAUAUAGGUGCUCCAAUUCAUGAAAAGUUGCAAACUGGUGCUAAAGUUGCUGCUGAAUACCCAGAUUCGAAGUUCUAUGCAGUUGAUCUUACCACCCGAAAUUCUAUUGACCAUAAUAUUACAUUUAUUAGUUGUGAUAUCCAUCAUAAAUUACCAUUUCCUGAUAAUGAAUUUGAUUAUGUUUUUUCCAGAAAUAAAACAGAAUUCUUUUCAAAAAAUACUUUUCAGGGAUUUCUAUUUGAAAUCUUUAGAGUAUUAAAGCCAGAAGGUUGGUUAGAGAUUGUACAUUCACUUUAUGCCGAUGAUGAUUAUGGUGGGGCAUUCUCUAAAGGGGCGAAUAUUUCGUUUAACAGGGAACGUGGAAUUGAUUUUGAUCUCAUAACACACUUAGAAGAUUACCUUAAAAUGACUGGAAAAACUGAAUUUUUAUCAUCUCAAAUAGCGAAAAUUCCGCUUGGAGGUGCUGGAUUUGGAGAGUUUACUUCCGAAAUAGUUUUAAACUACGUAAAAAAUAUGCGAAAUGCAGGAUCUCCAUUCGAAGGAUAUGAACAGCCAUUAGAAGAUCUUGAAAGUGAAAUGAAAGAAAAACGUGGUGAAAUAUAUUCUAAACAAAAAAGAGUAUUUGCAAGAAAGAAAAAUAUGGACACUCUUAAAGAUGCUUAA